AACAGUGUCUGUCAUCUACUUGCAUUUCUGUUCAAAUCGACUUGUAGCGUUGAUUCGGAACAGAGCUCUGGUUUUCUGACCCUUCCCAAGAUUUGAAGAAAUCCUGUAAGCAAUGCGACGGUUUUUUCACCAAAGUUGAGUCAUGAAGAAAAAUUCCACUUCAUUGCGCAAUUCAGGUACAUAUACAAGCCCUGGAACCCCCGAAUAUGGGGAUAACCAUAUGGGAGGGAUUCAAAAGGGUUGGCAGUCAGAACGAGUACCUUUGCAGGCAAACAGUAGCCGAAGGCAUAUUAGUGUUGCUGCGUUGAUGCCCUUCAAUAGUGGAAGGGCUUUGCCUUCGAAAUGGGAUGAUGCAGAGAGGUGGAUAACCAGCCCGGUCUCAGGAUUUGGGGUCUGCAAGAUUUCACCUGUGCAACCUCAGAGGCAACCUAAGUCGAAGAGUGGCCCAUUGGGCACUCCGGAGGCUGUAUAUUUCUCGAAUGCUUCACCUGCUGUACCGGCGCUAGACCGAGGAAGUGGGAGCAAUUUUAUGUCGAAGAGUGGCCCAUUGGGCACUCCGGAGGCUGUAUAUUUCUCGAAUGGUUCACCUGCUGUACCGGCGCUCGACCGAGGAAGUGGGAGCAAUUUUAUGGUGGGUUCGCCAUUGAUAACUGGUGUACUGGUUGCUGAUAAUCUGCCUGUUCACUAUGGUGGGGGCAUUGAUCUCCAAUCUAAAUCUGUAGAAGCUGAGAAUAGUAUGGCCCCAACUAGUAACGUACCUGGAUGGUUGGAUUUGUUAAGUGAAGCUUCAUUACCCAGCUCCCAAGAUGAGAAGCUUGAUUGCACCAAGGAUCCGAAAACUAUGGUCUCCACUGCUGUUUCACAACGUGAUGUGGCUACCCAGAUGAGCCCAGAGGGCAGCACCCAUUCAUCUCCCGAAGUGAAGUCCUUGUUCUCUACCUCUCCUCCCUUACUCUAUCCUGCAGUGAAGCCACAUGGAAACCAUUCGGCUAAAGUGGAAGUUAGAGAUGUGCAGGUGGACAAAGGAGCCACUGUAACGUGCCAGUCUAAAAAACAUGGGCUGAGAAUGACAAAAAUACAAUCACCAAAUGUUACGGACCUGACUUCAUCUUGGGAUAUUGCAGAGGCAGCAGAGAACACAUCAAAACUCCAAAGAGAGGAAGCCAAGAUCACUGCAUGGGAGAACUUACAGAAGGCAAAAGCUGAGACAGCAAUUCGAAAACUUGAGGUGAAAUUGGAAAAGAAGAGAUCGGCAUCUAUGGAUAAGAUCUUGAACAAGCUGAGAGCUGCUCAGACAAAAGCUCAAGACAUGAGAAGCUUAAUGUCUGAAAGUCACGCCAAUCAUGUUCGGAGGUCUUCCUCCAAAAUUGUAUUCUUUCGUAAGUUCAUCAAGAUGGAUGGCAUUGUCAGAAGUUGUUUUACCUGUCGUCCAUUUUAAUUCCUCACAUAUUUUUCUUCUGGUGCAUCCUUGACACCUGUUUGUCAAGGAUGAAACUAUGUGCACCAAAAGUGUGCACCAAAUUAUCUGCAGCCGUUGGAUCAACGAUAGAAUCCAUUGAUUCAACAAUUACAGAUGAUUUAGUGCACAUUUUGAUGCACACUUGUAGUGUGCAUAGCAUUGCUCGUUUGCCAAUCUUGGUAUUUUGGCUUUCUUUUACCCUUAAUACUUCAAAUAGUCGUAAACUUGACUCUUUUUUUUGUAAAAUGCUUGGAGAAUCCUGUUAGAUCCGUUUUGAAUAUAGUCUCAAAAUUCAU